AUGCCACUGCCAGCCUCUCGACCAUACUCCUGGGCACUUCUGCUGCUGCUGGUGUCCAGUCACCUUCUAUGGAAGAAUGUGGCCUCUGUGCCUUUAAUUAGUAUGAGGAACGAUCAUAAUGAUACACUAUUCCUCAAGGAAAUGUUAAAUCAUGCCUUGAGACUGUCCCAGUAUAUCAGUAACUACAACUUGGACUUGCACAGGAUAAAUGUGCUAGACUUUAUUGAGCUUCAGGAGACUCUGAUCAAGACUAUCACCCGUGGCAAAAAUUAUACUGUCAAAACUCCAGAAAACCUGGAUGAAGUCCAAAAAAUGACUAUGCUUGAGUUUCCUUUGGAUCGGCAGUUCCUGCAUAAAAAGCUCACCAGCUGCCACAAUUAUGCUAUCAAAACUCCAGAAAACAUCAAUGAAGCACAAAAUAUUCCUCUUGAAGACUUUCCAAAAGUGCUACUCAGUAGAAUGUGGGCUUGGCAUGACACUCUUACAAACCUCCUGAAAAUUCUUAGAAGUAUGCCGGGAACGUAUGAUGAUGUCAUAUCAUUAGUAGAAGACAUUGAAACAGAAAAUAUAAAGCUUCUUGAAGUCACCACAAGUAUACUCAGCUUGAGUUUGGGAAUACCAGAAAAAGUGGAAUACAUCUACUGGUCUGGUCUUCAAGACUUUCAAUCAUCUAAUGAAUUAUCUCAAGUUGUUGCUCUUUGGAAAUUAUUCUAUUGCUUACAUGUUGAUAUGCAUACAGUUGACCUUUAUCUCAAGCUCUUGAGCUGUGUGGUGCUUGUUGAUAGUGACGUCUGCUUAAGGGAGAUGAUCCAGGGUGCUGUGUCAUUUUAA